AGUCUGGGGGAACACAACAGCCACAGACAAGCGCCAGAUGAAGCCCAGGCCUGGCUGCUAAGGCUGAGCCUCUGAGGGCGGCUGCCGGGCGGGGAGGUCCUUGGCGGAGGAGGAGGCGGAGGCGGGAGCGGGGCCCGGCGGCGGCGGCGGCGGCCAGUGCCACGGUGUCCCUUCCUUCCUCCCCGCUCGCUCAGCCUCCUCGGAGCCCCGCAUGCAGCCCUCACCCUGGAGCGGAGGCGGAGGCGGAUCGAGGAGCUCUCGAGGUCCUCCCGGCAACGGCUGGCCCAGUCCAGGGACAAGAUGUUCUCCAAGUUCACCUCCAUCCUCCAGCACGCCGUCGAGGCGCUUGCACCAUCUCUUCCAUUACAAGAAGAUUUUGUUUACCACUGGAAGGCUAUUACACAUUACUACAUAGAAACAUCAGAUGAUAAAGCCCCUGUGACAGAUACCAACAUUCCAUCUCACCUGGAGCAGAUGCUCGAUAUUUUAGUUCAGGAAGAAAACGAAAGAGAGUCUGGAGAAACAGGGCCUUGCAUGGAGUAUCUGCUACAUCACAAGAUCUUAGAGACUUUGUAUACUCUGGGCAAGGCUGAUUGCCCUCCUGGAAUGAAACAGCAAGUUUUAUCUUUUUAUACAAAACUUCUGGGAAGAAUACAGCAACCUCUGCUUCCACACAUAAAUGUACACAGACCUGUGCAGAAAUUAAUCAGACUUUGUGGUGAAGUCCUGGCAACACCCACAGAAAAUGAAGAGAUCCAUUUUCUUUGCACAGUGUGUGCAAAGCUGAAACAAGAUCCAUACUUGGUUAACUUCUUCCUUGAGAACAAGCUAAAAGGGCUGGCUUCAAAAGGCACAGCAAGCUUAAUUGCAGAAGACAUACUAAAAGGCCAAGAUUCUGUGGUGACAGAUACAGGGCAGGCUGUUCAGCCUGAAGAAACAUCAAGUGGAGUGGAGCAAGCAGAGAGAGAGAAUGACCUUCCUGAGCAGGCAGAUGACCUGUCCACAAGUCUAGAUGAAUUAAACGUUCUUCCAUCCCCUGAGGCAUUAGCUGUUCGUCCACAUGGAGACUAUAAUUUAGUGAAUUCCUUACUCAAUCUCACCAAAAGCCCAGAUGGACGAGUAGCUGUGAAAGCUUGUGAAGGUCUCAUGCUUUUAGUGAGUUUACCUGAACCAGCUGCUGCCAAAUGUUUAACUGAAAAUACAUGCUUAUGUGAAGUGCUGACAGACAGGUUGGCCUCUCUCUACAAAGCUCUCCCUCAGUCGAUGGAUCCAUUAGAUAUUGAAACAGUAGAAGGAGUUAACUGGGGCUUGGAUUCCUAUAGCCACAAAGAAGAUGCAUCUGCAUUUCCUGGCAAAAGAGCCCUGAUUUCAUUUCUGUCCUGGUUUGAUUACUGUGAUCAACUGAUUAAGGAAGCACAUAAGACAACUGCUUUUGCCAUGGCAAACUCAGUUCGAGAACAUUUUUUUGUUGGUGUAAUGGAACCCCAGCUAAUGCAAACUUCAGAAAUUGGAAUUCUAACAUCAACUGCCCUGUUGCAUCGUAUCAUUCGUCAAGUCACUUCGGAUGCCUUAAUGCAUGAAAUGGUAUGCUUUAUCCUUGGAGAACAGAGAGAGCCAGAAAAACAGACAGACAUCAACAGGCACCCAUUGCGACAUCGCUUAAUUGAGCACUGUGAUCACAUUUCAGAUGAGAUCAGCAUAAUGACACUCAGAAUGUUUGAGCACCUUUUGCAGAAACCCGAUGAACACAUUCUUUAUAAUUUGGUUCUUAGAAAUUUAGAGGAGAGGAACUAUACAGAGUAUAAACCACCCUGCCAAGAAGACAAGGACGUGGUAGAGAAUGGCCAGAUAGCAGGAGCAGUAGAUCUGGAAGAAGAUCCCUUAUUUACUGAUCUUUCUCCCAAUACCAUGUUGUCAAACCAAGAGUGGCUUAGUGCUUCACCAUCUGCCAGUCCAGAUCAUUCAAAAAAUGAUGGGAAGACUGAAGUUCAUAAAAUUGUAAAUAGUUUUCUUUGUCUUGUACCAGAUGAAGCCAAAUCUUCCUACCAUGUGGAGGGCACAGGUUAUGAUACCUACCUCAGAGAUGCCCAUCGACAAUUUCGAGAUUAUUGUGCCAUAUGCUUACGAUGGGAAUGGCCAGGCUCUCCUAAACCCUUGGAAAAGUGCAAUUUAGAAUCUGCUUUCUUUGAAGGAUAUUUUCUGAAAGUUCUCUUUGAUAGAAUGGGAAGAAUUCUUGAUCAGCCAUACGAUGUCAAUCUACAAGUCACGUCUGUAUUAUCCAAGCUCUCCUUGUUUCCACAUCCACACAUCCAUGAAUACCUUUUGGACCCCUAUGUAAAUCUAGCUUCUGGCUGUCGUUCCCUUUUUUCAGUAAUUGUCAGGGUUGUUGGGGAUCUCAUGGUGAGGAUACAACGCAUACCUGAUUUCACACCUAAACUUCUACUGGUCAGGAAGCGUCUCCUUGGCUUAGAACCUGAAGGCCCUAUUGUUGACCACAUGACAUUAUUAGAAGGUGUGAUUGUAUUAGAAGAGUUUUGUAAAGAGCUUGCUGCAAUUGCAUUUGUGAAAUACCACGCCUCAUCCACACCAUAAGUGUCCAGACUGUUAGAUUGCCUCAUAGUUCAAGCAGAGAAAACAACAACCUGAUAACUUUUCCUGAGUGAGAAAGCAAAAGCAAAUGUUGGCUACAUUUGGAAGACUUACACAGGAUGCAUUUAAAUUGUAGUUCUGUUUCUUAAUUCAUUGAUGAUGACUAUGUGGAUAUGGAACGUGGGCGAUGGAUCCACAACACAAUCAAAGGGAAAUCAGUAUAACAGAAAAUGCUGAAAAAGCUACACACAUCAGGACUUCAGUGCAAAAUAUUCUGUUCUUUUAACAAUCUUCUAGGCAGUAUAAUUUUUUAUUUACUCUAUAUAAUUAAUAGGCUUUUAAAACUCAUUUUUGUCUCUCAAAUGAGGCAUGUUUUAUCCCUUUAGACAAAAAACAGGUUCUUAAAAAAUUAAACAUUCAAAACAACAUAAAAAAGAAAUAAGAAGCUGCAAAGGCAUACACAGCUUCUUUCAUAUUGUAUGAGUCCAUAAUACAUUAUGGUCUUUCUGUCUACUAUUGGUAUAUCUGUUGCACUAGAGCAGACAGUAAGUAUACUCAUAUGUUGCUUUUCUUUGAAUUCUCGUUUGUACUCCAUUAUUAUGCUGCCUAACUUUGUUUGCCUUCUGUUUUGAACUGAAGCCCUAGGUUAUUUGAUCCAAAUGUCUAUAUAUAAGUUUAUGACAGGAUUUUUUUAGGUUCUUCUGUAAUCAAUUGGCUGAAGAGUAUCUUGUGCCUUGACUUGAAGUUAUUAAUGGUCCGUGUUUUUAAAAUACUAUGUUUCUUAGCUCAUUUGAAUGGCUGCAGCAUCCUGGUCAAAGGGUAGCUGAUAUUUCAUAUUGCUGAUGACAUUUUUAGUAGACUGGAUUCAGAUACUUCGCAAGCCUUGCAGUGCAAAUGUUGAUCUUGUCAACAGCAGUCCACUGUAACAAGAAGGAUAUGAGAUUCCUUUAGUUCACUGUGGUCAGUCAUCAAGCUUAAAGAGAGGUAGGAUGAAUAAAGAUAGUGAGGCCUCACUUUCUUUUCUCCCAAUCUUUUGCUAGUUCCUCAUAGGCUGAAAAUGUCAAAGAAGUAGUUAUCUACCUUGAGUUGCAACAUCUUUUGGUAUUAAUUUUGUUUUUACUAGGAAGGAGGAGGGGGAACUAGGUUCUUUCAUCUGGGGGGAAAUGCUCCUUUUCAUCAUUUGCUUCCCCCCCCCCUUACUGACAUUACACCAUGGGAGCAUUUAACUCCUUCUUAGGCAUUUAGUGUAACUUUAAAUCCUUCCUUUUAAAUAACUUGUUUACAUAUUUGCUGCAUGCUUUCGUUCUCAUUUGGAUGGGUAUAAAUUGAGUUGAAUUUUGUACCAGUGAUGUACAGUCUAGUUUGUACAGUAACAAAGUGGAAGAAAUAUGGUCCAGAAUAGUUUCCAUGGCUGUUGUGUUCUAAUAUGAUAGAACUUUGCUAAAGAGUGUUGGAAAAUGGAAUAGUUUGGAUAAAAUUGCUUACUUACGUAGGCAUGCUUGGGGAAAACUCAGCUAAAAGACAGUUGAGUGAAAUACAGGGCUGCCCUUUUGUAUAAGAGGGGUGUGGCCAAAGGACAGGCUAACAGAGUAUGACUCUGUAUUCUGUUCAUCACAAUACCUGUCUCCUGCAUAGGAGGAAUGCUGCUGUGUGGUUUUUCUAAUGUAUUCAUGCACCAAAGUUACUGAAUGCAGCUUGAGGGGAAAAAAAUAAGGAUAAGCGCAACAUCUUCCUGAGCACCAGAUGGACAUUAGAUAGAAAGGAAACAAUAAUUUUAUGAAAACGGGCCCAUCUGAAAGCUUUUUAAAACAUUUUUAAAAGUGUAGGCGACAUAGAUUAUUAAUCAGAUAAGCAUAAUUGUGAUUAAUGCACAUGUGUAUUAAUCUAGGUGUUGUUAGGACAAUGGAGCUUGAGCAAAUACAUCUAAACUGGCCUUGUGCCUAACUCUGAGUAAAAUUCUUGAGACUUAGGCAAACGCUACAACAAAAAUGCUUGAGUUCUGUAUGUUGUUGGUGCUGUAUCUUGGGCUGAAAUGUACAGCCAAUAUAUUCUUGAGAAUUCUCACAAUAAUAAAAUCCCUUCCAUGAUAAGACAAAGCAAGUGGGAGGCAACCUUAAGCUAUGCUAUUCAAAAGUAUAGGGAGAGAGAUUAUCUCUGAAACCGUGUGUAUUAUUAUGCUUUCUAAUUCAAUACAACAGCUGUUUAGCUGUGUUAGACUGAAUUCUAAUUCUUGUUUUUGAUAAGAAAUAUAUCUGUUUGUUCAAGCAAGGUAUAUAACAUCAAGAUUGUUCCAUUUGCUUUUUAAAUAUCACAAUUGAAACUCUGAUUGCACAUGCCAUGUGUUUUAAGGAAGUUACAUAAAUAUUCAAGAUGCAUUCUGUUUUCCAGAAAAUCUCAAUGACAUUUCAAGACACCAACGUUUUUAUAUGUCCAUUUGAGACUUAAGAUAUGUAUUCUUCUGUUGUAAUAUGCAUCUCAAACCUAGAAAUGUUUUAACCCUUUCUUUUGUCAUGAAAGUUUUUAUGAACUCAUAAGUUAUAGCAGCAACCUUUUAUUUUUGUAAAAGCACAUUGAAAUUUCCUUCCAAAAUAUAAUUUGUUUAAAUGUGUAAUCUUGUUUUCCAUGCACUUUUCUUUUAAAGGUUAGUUGGGUCCUUAUUUGAAUUGACUGAAUCUAUGCAUGUUAUAACCACCCUUAUUCUGACUAAUGUGUGUGUGUGUUGCAUAGACGCAUGUAUGGUUAUUUAUUACCUUCCAGUAAACACAGGAGGACUUAUGGUCUGCUCUCCAGAAUUAUUGAGCAACCAUCAUUUGUAAGGAUGUGAGAGGUAACUAUUGGGUAUUUGGUAUCAUUGCAGAUACAACAGUGUUUAUACAUGUGAGUGGUUGAGGAAAGCUGAGGGAUCAUUUGAUUCCAAAAUACAGAUACAAUUUUAAUUUUUAUCCUGAUGCACGUUCAUGUAAAUAAAAGCACCUUUUCACCUUUC